UGCGGACCGUCCCGCCCAUCCGCACACCCACGCUCAAAAGUGAAGCAGAUCCAUGUUUGGAGAGCGGGAUGGAAAGAGGCGGAAAGUUUGCGUCCUGCGGUCCACCCUGAUGGUGCCACCGGGACUCGGGCGCGCCCCACCGGAGAUGAGAUGUCCCCUCUCUUCACGGACGACAGAGACGACGCUGUAUCGGCCUCUGAGGGAACGACGGAGGGACGGGAGGCGGCGGGGAACAGGACGGGCACCAAAAGGCGACUGAAGAACCGAGACGCCGCCCGCAAGAGCCGCAAAAAGCAAACGCAGAAGGCCGACGAGCUCCACCAGGAGCUCCUGAGUCUGGAGGGUUCGAACGCGGCCCUGGAAAAGGAGAUCAAAGCCUUAAAAAAGGAGGCCCGUCGCUACACGGCGGCGCUGGAGAACCACCGGCCCUUUUGCGUCCUCCGAGGGCCCGACGUCGCCCUCGGGCCUUCGGCGUCCGGCCCGGGACCCGACGGGGAAGCGUCCCGUCUGUCUCCGCCGUCGUCCGAUUUUAGCCAUUCUGCUCUUUUCUCACUCGAUCCUCAUUCGCUGUUCGGGCGAGAGACGGAAUCGGCCCAUUUGCCUUCCUCGUCCUUCUCCGCGUUUCUUCCCGAAGAAUUCCUCUCGGUCACGUCUGGACCUUUACGCCCCGAUUCGAUACGGGAGGAAGGCGGCGACUGGAAAUCGAUGGGGGCGACGUCGCCGGCGCCGCUUCCCGUUCCGCCCGGCGCGUCGGAGGAACUCUGGGCUCCGAACGGCGCCUGGACGGAGCCGGGCCCGGGCGAACCGUCGCUGUCGGAGCUCCUGGAGGGCAACGAGUGGAUCCUGAGCGGGCCCGGCAGCCACACCCCGCUGUAAAGGCCCCCCAAAAAAACGUGGAUGCCGAGUUUCCCCGCUUCGUGGAAUGAACCACGAUGAAUUUCAUAUGCAUAUUUUAUUUAUUGAACUAUAAACCAGUUAACUAGACUAACGCGGAGUAACAUUUGUUGUGUAUUUUACCGAUGCUGUGAUACUUUCUCGGGCCUAUAGCUUUUUAUUGUCUUUGCGACGUAUCUCGACGCACAUUCGACGUUAUGGACGAAUGACAAAUAAAAGUAGCAUU